GCCGUCCCAGAUAAAGCAGAGAGUGAACCGUUUAGUCAGAUCGCAGCUUCACACUCAGUCAGAAUCGUUCCCAGAGAUGAGGGCUCCCUGGGCCGGAGCUCAUCUGCUGCCUGUCCUGGUUCUUGUAUCAGUUCUACAUGUCAAGGCUGGACAGAAUCCAGCAAAAGAGAGACACUACUACAUUGCUGCUGUGGAAAUUGACUGGAAUUACUCCGGGAAUGUCACAAAGGGGUUUAGUCCCAUCUACAAAAAAGUGGUCUUUCGGGAGUAUGACAAAAACUUCCGAAAGGCUAAGCCUCAUCCGUCAUGGCUAGGCUUACUUGGACCAACGCUGCGGGCUGAGGAGGGAGAGACGAUUGUCGUCACUUUCAGAAACAUGGCCAGUGGUAUAUACAGCCUCCACUCCCACGGCGUGGUUUAUGGGAAACAAUCUGAAGGAGCCAACUACUUUGACAACACGUCGUUAAAAGAAAAGGAAGACGAUUUAGUAUAUCCCAACAAGGAGCACGUUUACUACUGGGAAGUCACGUCAAAAGUUUCUCCUCAGCCGGACGACCCCAACUGCCUCACCUACACCUACUUCUCCCACAAAAAUGUGGUGGAGGACUACAACUCUGGUCUCAUUGGUAUUUUACUCAUCUGCAAGCCAGGCAGUUUAGACGAGUCAGGGAGGCAGGUCGGUGUCCACAAGGAAUACACCUUUCUCUUUGGAGUUUUUGAUGAGAACCACAGCAUGUAUGACCCCAAAGGUUUCUCCCCUGACAACCAUGUCGUAUACACCAUUAAUGGAUACGAUGGGGGAGCCCUGCCUGAUGUCGAUUUUUGCGCUCACGCCCCUGUUAGCCUUCACCUGGUGGGAAUGAGCUCAAACCCUGAAGUGUUUUCAGUCCACAUUAACGGGCAGGUACUGACACAGGAUGGACACAAAGUGUCGUCAGUGGGGCUGAUCAGCGGCUCCUCAGCUACCGUCAGCUUGGUGGCUCCUUACACGGGGCGCUGGCUGCUCUCCUCGCAGAACAUGAGGCAUAUAGAAGCCGGCAUGCACGGCUUUGUGGACAUAAAGAGAUGUGAAGAGUUUAAAGAGCCCAUACGAACCAUGACCAUCGCACAAAAACGACACAGCACGGAGUGGACAUACUACAUAGCUGCAGAGGAGGUCGUCUGGGACUACUCCCCCAAAAUACAGGAACAUAUGGAUGAAGACUUCAAACACCAAUACUUGACACGGUCUUCCACUCGUAUUGGGGCCAAGUACAAGAAGGCAGUGUACACGCUUUACACAAACGAGUCAUUUACUGAAAGAUCGGAGAAUGCACAACUAAAGAAUGAGCUGGGGAUCUUAGGCCCAGUGAUCAGAGCUCAAAUCAGAGAUGUUAUAAAGAUUGUUUUCAAGAACAUGGCAUCCAGGCCCUACAGUAUCUAUCCACAUGGGCUGAUGAUAAAGAAAUCUGAGGAGGGAGUCUACUACCCAGAAGGAGGAAAUCAUUCGCACAUGGUUGAACCAGGUGAAACACACACCUAUGUGUGGAGGGUGCUGGAGGAGAAUGAGCCUCUAGAAGCAGAUUCUCGAUGUCUGACACGGAUGUAUCACAGUGCAGUGAACUCACCGCGUGACAUUGCAUCAGGGCUGAUCGGGCCAAUCCUCAUUUGCAAGAGUCAGUCGCUGAAUGUCAGAAAUGUGCAGCUGAGGGCGGACAAAGAGCAGCAAGCCGUGUUUGCCAUGUUUGAUGAGAACAAGAGUUGGUACUUGGAUGACAACAUUCGACUGUAUUCGGAUUUUUCCAAAGUCAACAAGUUUGACCAAGACUUUUAUAAUUCUAACCUCAUGCACACUAUAAAUGGCUAUGCUUUUGAAAGUGGGCCUGUUCUGGGCUUCUGCAACGGUGAGGUGACAACGUGGCACGUGUCCAGCAUCGGAGCACAGAACCACAUUCAGACAGCCACCUUCUAUGGCCACCCGUUUGAGCUUAAUGGCAGGACGGAGGACUUUCUCAGCCUCUACCCCAUGACUGGAGAGACCAUCUCAAUGAACAUGGACAAUGUUGGUGUCUGGCUUUUGGCUUCCCUGAAUUCCCAUGAAACAACUAAAGGAGUUCGGACCAAGUUUCAAGAUGUUAUGUGCUAUCGCGACUAUGACUACGGUUUUGAAAAUCCAGCUGUAAAUGAGUGGACUCCUCUUAAAAUUGAUGACAUCAAAAAAGAGGAAGAGGAGCCAAAAAUCAAACCAAUAACGGAGGAGACAGAUGAGUUUACCGACAUGUAUGCGGAAUUGUUAAAUCUCCGGUCACUGAAAAAACAGUCAAGUGUCUCAGAUGUGGAGGAGCUGGAUUUGUCUUUUCUCGAUUAUGAUGCCGUUGAUGUAGAUGGGGACCGAGUGGUUGCUUUGCAAAACCAAAGCAUAAGUGACAUUGCAGCCCAUUCACAGAAAAACAUGACUAAGACUUCUGGAUCUUUGGCCAUCCUUCAAACAAAGAACACAACAGGUCUCAAUGAGUACAAAGAAUUGACAAAGAACAGCAGUUUAACUUCAAAUGACAGUAUGUCCAAAGUUGUUUCAAGCCCUGAAACAGUUUCUUUCUCAACAAAUACUACAUUUAACAAAUCUACUGCAAUAUUUCAGAAUGUAUCUUCUAGAGCCACAAAUGUUACCGCACCUUUACAAGCUACGGCAAUUCCAUUACAAGAUACUUCCAAUUCAACGCUAGAUUUACAACGUAAUGCCAGUUUAACCUCAACCACAACAUCACAAAACAUCACCAAUGUAACAGCAGACGCACAAGACAAUCACAAACCAACAACUACAGAAACACAAAAAACUGCCUGUCUAAACACAACAUCACAAGACACAACCCAUCCAACUGAAGCCGUCUUAGACCACCCCAACGCAACUGUUGAGUCGCAAGAAAUGACCAACCUAACCACAGAAUCACCAGUAAAACCACCUGUUAGAUUCCAAAAUAAAACCAAUUUACCUGUAGAAAUAAUGGAAAUUAGUGACAGAGGUAACAAUCUAACCAUGGAGACACAAGAUGGCAUCAAUACGACUCUAGCACUGUCACAAAAUCAAACGUCUUUUUCAGAAAUAGAAACCAUAAGGAUUGAGCUCCUUGGUGAUAACUACCCAGCAGUGGACAAACCAGCAGAACCUGAGGGUCAGAUCACAAGAGGAGAUGUGUUCCUUUAUCAGGUGUCUGAGGCCAACGCAAUGCAACCCAACAGCACUGUGCAGAAUACAACUGUGCUAAAUGAUACAAUGACUGAACCAGUCUAUGACAGCAAACCAGAGCCUGUUAACACGACAACUGCUGGAAUAAAACUUUUGAGUUUUGAAGAAAUAGACAGCAACAGUUCUGCCAUUUACAACUGGACUCUUGAAUCAAUGACUAAUGCCACAAAUAUCAACAAUGACAACUUUACAAUCACAGACCGUCAACUUCAAGAAAAUUCUUCCAAGAUUUUGACUGUUUUAGCGAAUGCAUGCAUUAAGAAUGUGACAUCACAAAACAUCACAGUGAACGCCUCCAGAUCUGAUCCCUCACACGUUAGUGGAUGUAAUGUCACAUCUGACCUGGAAACGUUGUCCAACACCUCUUUAGAGAGUUUACCCAGUGAGAUUCCAGCUUUACUCAAACACUCAUUUUAUGAAGGUGCAGAAAAACUGAGUGUAAAUAUGUCAAGUUCAUCAUCUGAGAUUGAAGAAGUUUUCAUUUAUCUAAAUAAAAACAGUACAGAGGGAAUUCAAACCUUCUCCCUCAAUCCACACGAUCAGAAUUGGACUUAUGAUGGAACUCAUAGCAUAGUGCCUCAGGAGAUUCCUGACCACCUUAUGAAAUACUUCGAUAAAAACGUACUAACAACUACUCCACCUCCAAAAAACCCCAAAAGGAUUCUUCGCAAACAGAUACCCAAGAAAGGUGAAGGAAUGAAGACAAGGAGAAAGAAGGUAUACAAGCCUCAGGAAAGAAGUAGUUUGGGUUUUUCUCCUCGAGGAUUCAGUCCAGAGAUGACCCCUCGAGGGCAUCGACCAAUGACACCACAGCCCGUGUCUAAUGAGGAGGAGCUGGUUAACCAACCCGUUGUUAUUGGAGUGCCUCUGCAUGAUUUCAGUGAUUACCAGCUAUAUAUUCCUGGAAAGGAACCAGAUCAUCUGGACAUCAAUACACAAGACAUAACAGAAAAUGAGUAUGAAUAUGUGAUGUUCAAAGAUCCCUACAGUGACCCCAAAGACAUUAUGAAGAUGAACCUGGAUGAGACCACCAAAUAUUACUUGGAGUUAUCAGGCCCAAAUACCAAGACCUAUUUCAUUGCUGCAGAGGAAGUAGAGUGGGACUAUGCUGGCUAUGGGCAGAGGAGACAAGAAAAAUCCCAACAGUACGGUCCGGUAACAACAUUCACCAAAGUGAUUUUCCGCAGUUAUCUGGAUAGUGACUUUAGCACUCCAGACAUCCGUGGAGAACUCGAUGAGCAUCUCGGUAUCCUGGGACCUGUCAUCAAAGCAGAGGUUGGACAAACCAUCAUGGUGGUUUUUAAAAACAAUGCCAAACGCCCCUACUCCAUUCAUCCAAAUGGGGUUACCUAUACAAAGCUGACCGAGGGCCUGUCCUAUGAGGAUGGCUCCACAAGCUGGUUCAAGUAUGAUAACGAAGUUCUGCCUGGUAAAAACUUCACGUAUGUAUGGAAAGUCAGAGCUGAAGCUGGACCCGGACCAGAAGACCCUGACUGUCGUACCUGGACGUACUACUCUGGAGUUAAUCCUGAAAAAGAUAUCCACUCUGGCUUGAUCGGACCUUUACUGGUGUGCCGAGAAGGAACACUGGACAAACCACAUGACUCGAGAGAGUUCGCUUUGCUCUUCAUGACCUUUGAUGAGUCCCAGAGCUGGUACUACAACAAGAACCUUGAGAUGCUGCAAAGGAAGAGCCGAAAGAGAUUUCUGGAUGCCAGCCACAAGGAGAGCAUCAAGUUCCAUACCAUAAACGGAAUCAUAUACAACCUGAAGGGACUGAGGAUGUAUGCAGAGCAGCUCGUGUACUGGCACCUCAUAAACAUGGGUUCUUCCAGAGACUUUCAGAGCGUUCACUUUCAUGGACAGACUUUCAUCACCAGGAAGACCAAAAGCCACAGACAGGCUGUCUAUCCACUGCUACCUGGGAGCUUUCCAACCCUGGAGAUGUACCCAUCCAAACCUGGCCUGUGGCAGCUGGAGACAGAGAUUGGUUUACCCCAACAGAAGGGCAUGCAGACCCUCUUUCUCGUUCUGGAUAACGACUGCUACCGUCCACUGGGCCUUGAGUCAGGCAGUGUGAAAGACGACCAGAUUACAGCAAUCAACACUAGAGGGUACUGGACGCCCCAUCUUGCCAGAUUGAACAAUAAGGGCAGAUAUAACGCAUGGAGCACAGAGAGCAACAACAGCUGGAUUCAGGUGGACUUCCAGAGGCCGGUUGUAAUCAGCCAGGUGGCGAUUCAGGGCGCUAAACAGUUCCUCCAGUCCCAGUAUGUGACAAAAUUCUCCAUCUCAUACAGCUAUGACAACCACAAAUGGAGCUACUACAAAGGCGACAGCAGCUACUUCUGGAAGGUUUUCCCAGGAAACCAGGAGGCUUAUGAGAGAAAGACAAACACAUUCUCCCCUCCUGUGUUUGGACGAUUCAUUAGGCUCCACCCCACUGAGUGGUACAACGCCGCCACAGUUCGCAUGGAGUUCUAUGGAUGUGAGCUUGAUGGCUGCUCAGUCCCUCUGGGGAUGGAGAGCGGUGAGAUACCGGACCGCAGCAUCUCAGCCAGCUCAAUGGCCUCCAGCUGGUUCGGGGGGGCCUGGACUCCAUCCCUUGCAAGGCUUAACAAACAGGGUACCAUCAAUGCAUGGAGAGCAAAGGAUAACAACAUGAACCAGUGGCUGCAGGUGGAGCUGCCAGAAGUGAAGAAGAUCACGGGUAUUAUAACCCAGGGAGCCACGUCUUUAGGAAAGGAGAUGUACGUCAGCAGUUACACCAUCCAGUACAGUGACAAUGGGGUCCACUGGACACACUACACCGGUAACGAGGAACUUCCUGCCAAGAUAUUCUCUGGAAACACAAACAACAACGACCACGUGAGGAAGUACAUCUACCCACCCAUUUUUUCACGCUUCAUCCGCAUUGUUCCAGACAGAUGGGUGGGUUCCAUCACGAUGAGAAUAGAGCUGCUGGGUUGUGACUUUGAGUGACAUUUUUUAUGAUGAUUGUGCACAAAUAAAGCUAUCCAAAUUUUUGA